AUGCAGGUGGCCAUCGUGACGGGUGGAGCGCAAGGUAUUGGCCGUGCCUGCUGCCUCCUUCUCGCCCAGCAUGGCUUUUAUGUUGUGUGCGGUGACGCCAACGAGGAAGCAGGCCGAAGCCUGGAAGAAUGGAGCACGGCUCAACAGCGGCAAGACGACCCAAGCAGAAUACUCUUCGUUCCCUUUGAUGCCUCCCAGGGUGCGAUUCCCACUGGAGUGUUCCUUCGUGUGCGACUCACCACCGCACGCACGAUCCAAGGAGCGGACUGUGAGCGCUUGGUCAAUGAAGCCAUCAACAAGUUCGGCAGGAUAGACGUUCUCUUCAACAAUGUGGGGAUUCAGCCAGCCCUCGCCCAAGUGCCCAUCCACCUCCUCGAGGAACAGCAUUGGGACAGCAUCAUGGACGUCAACCUCAAGAGCAUAUUCUGGAUGUGCAAGUUUUGUAUCCCGCACAUGAUGGAACAAAACAAGAAGUCGGAUGACUGCUCCCAGUGCUCCAUCAUCAACAACGCCAGCAUCCAGGCCAUCAGCAGCCAGCCGCACGUGCCCGCCUAUGCCGCGUCCAAGGGCGGCAUCGUGGCUCUCACCCGGCAGCUGGCGUGCGACUAUGGCCGCCACGGAAUCCGCGUGAAUGCGGUGAGCCCCGGCACCAUCGCCACAGAGCUGGCCAGGAAGGCCACACCGGACUUCACCUACGUGGAAUCCAACACGCCGCUCGGGCGGGUCGGCGAUCCCGACGACGUCGCUUCGCUGGUGCUCUUCCUCGCCGGAGAAGGCGCCCGGUGGAUCACGGGGCAGAACAUACCGGUCGACGGAGGUAUCACCAUCAAGGGCGGCUGGGCUCCUCUAGCGCCCUGA